AUGAGAUUGAUCGUGAGGGACGACAAGGCCGCGGCCUCGAAGUACAUAUCUGACUACAUCAUUCAUCGCAUCAAGGCGUAUGCGCCGACUCCAGAAAAGCCCUUUGUUCUUGGUUUGCCGACUGGAUCUUCACCCGAGGCCAUCUACAAGAACCUUGUCAAAGCACACAAAAAUGGCGAGAUCUCGUUUCGAGAUGUCAUCACUUUCAACAUGGACGAAUACGUUGGAAUACCCCGAGAGCACCCCGAGUCCUACCACUCCUUUAUGUACAAGCACUUCUUCAGCCAUGUCGACGUCGACCCAGCCAACAUCAACAUCUUGAAUGGCAAUGCACCUGAUCUCGAGGCAGAAUGCAUCGCGUAUGAGGAAAAGAUUCGAAGAGCGGGUGGCAUCGAGCUCUUCCUGGGCGGAAUUGGUCCCGAUGGCCACAUCGCGUUCAAUGAACCAGGUUCCAGCCUGAAGAGUCGGACAAGAGUCAAGACUUUGGCAUAUGACACAAUUCUCGCCAACAGCCGGUUCUUCGAUAACGACCUUACGAAGGUCCCAAAGAUGGCCUUGACUGUUGGCGUCCAGACGGUUCUAGAUGCCCGCGAAGUCCUCGUCAUCAUCACUGGUGCUCACAAGGCCCUCGCACUCCAAAAGUGUAUCGAAGGAGGUGUGAACCACAUGUGGACCCUUUCCAGCCUGCAGAUGCACCCAUACGCAAUGAUCAUCGUAGACGAGGACGCAACCUUGGAGCUACAAGUCAAGACUGUGAAAUACUUCAAGUCUAUCGAGCAGGUCGCAACGUCACAAGGUUUUGGGCAAGCACUGGCUUCCGAAGAAAUGACAAUGCGCAAACGUGAUUCCGUCUUGGAGCAACYCGACAGUCCCAAGAGUCCUACCGCCAAGUCGUUCCUUGCGGGUCCGAAGCCUAUUUUGACGCGGAUGAUCACCACUGAGCUGAACACACAACCUGCGACUCUCAUACCACCCAAGCCCGAAAUCAUCCGUUCGGUCACUCCCGAGUUGGUAAACGAAGCCAUGCAUUCGCGUAUUCCAGAAACUCUUCCUGGUCUAGACGGGUUGGAAGUCAAGGAACUCCCCAUUUCGCCUAUGCAUGAACGCGUGGACUCUGCUGCUCCCGCAUGA